AUGUUAUCCAUUUCGCGAGCUUUCGUCCCGAAGAGCUCUUUGACCAUGGCGUCUUGCUUACAAGCAUCCAUGAAUUCUCUGCUUCCACGCUCUUCUUCUAUUUCUUCUCAUCAUCCUUCUGUAUCUUUGAAUUCAUCCGGGAGGAGAAACCUGAAGAGCUCUCGCUAUACCUUUCGCGCCAAAGCCGCUGCCAGAAUCCCUAUGCCUCCCAUGAACCCGAACGAUCCUUUUCUCUCGACGCUCGCUUCCGUUGCCGCGAAAUCUCCGGAAAAACUUCUCAAUCGGCCGGUGAACUCUGACACACCACCGUAUCUUGACAUCUUCGAUUCCCCUCAGCUUAUGUCUUCUCCUGCUCAGGUUGAAAGAUCCGUGGCUUAUAACGAGCACCGACCAAGAACUCCUCCACCAGACUUGCCCUCUAUGCUUCUUGACGGGAGAAUUGUUUACAUUGGAAUGCCUCUGGUGCCGGCGGUGACAGAGCUGGUUGUCGCAGAGCUAAUGUAUCUUCAGUGGCUGGAUCCAAAGGAACCCAUAUACAUUUACAUCAACUCCACAGGGACCACUCGUGACGAUGGCGAGACGGUUGGAAUGGAAUCAGAAGGUUUUGCGAUCUAUGACUCUCUGAUGCAACUUAAAAACGAGGUACAUACGGUCUGUGUGGGAGCAGCCAUAGGUCAGGCAUGUCUGUUACUUUCAGCGGGCACAAAGGGUAAACGGUUUAUGAUGCCACAUGCCAAAGCAAUGAUCCAGCAACCUCGUGUGCCUUCUUCUGGGUUGAUGCCUGCCAGUGAUGUCCUGAUUCGUGCCAAAGAGGUUAUAACAAACAGGGACAUACUUGUCGAACUACUAUCUAAGCACACUGGGAAUUCCGUGGAGACUGUAGCUAACGUGAUGAGAAGGCCAUAUUACAUGGAUGCACCAAAAGCUAAAGAAUUUGGAGUCAUUGACAGGAUUCUAUGGCGUGGUCAAGAAAAGAUUAUUGCGGACGUUGUUCCCUCAGAGGAAUUCGACAAGAACGCGGGGAUUAGAAGCGUAGAACGAAUGGCAACCUCGACGGCGAUGGAGGAGGAUUCGAGCUUCGAGGAAGACCAGCUAGCUUCCAUGACUACAGAUGACAUCGUUAGAGCUUCUCGUCUCUUAGCCAACGAGAGUCGCAUCCUCAAGGAAGAAAUGCAGAGAACAAACCUUGAUUUGGAAUCAGUGAAGGAGAAAAUAAAGGAGAACCAGGAGAAGAUUAAGCUAAACAAACAGCUUCCUUACUUAGUCGGCAACAUCGUUGAGAUUCUUGAGAUGAGUCCGGAGGAUGAUGCAGAGGAAGAUGGAGCGAAUAUCGAUCUGGACUCUCAGAGGAAGGGAAAAUGCAUCGUUCUGAAAACAUCAACUCGUCAGACCAUCUUUCUUCCUGUCGUUGGACUUGUUGAUCCGGAUACAUUGAAGCCUGGGGACUUGGUCGGCGUUAACAAGGACAGCUACUUGAUUCUUGAUACUCUCCCGUCUGAGUAUGAUUCCAGAGUAAAGGCGAUGGAGGUUGAUGAAAAACCUACCGAAGACUACAACGACAUUGGAGGGCUAGAGAAGCAGAUACAAGAACUUGUUGAAGCCAUUGUGUUGCCAAUGACUCAUAAAGAGCAGUUCGAAAAGUUGGGUAUCCGUCCACCCAAAGGUGUACUCUUGUAUGGACCUCCCGGAACCGGAAAGACGCUGAUGGCCCGAGCCUGUGCUGCACAGACAAAUGCAACUUUCCUGAAACUCGCAGGGCCACAACUUGUUCAGAUGUUCAUCGGAGAUGGAGCAAAGCUUGUCCGCGAUGCUUUCCUGCUUGCAAAAGAGAAAUCCCCUUGUAUUAUAUUCAUAGACGAGAUUGACGCGAUAGGAACAAAGCGUUUUGACAGUGAAGUUAGUGGAGACCGUGAGGUGCAGAGGACAAUGUUGGAGCUACUCAACCAGCUUGAUGGAUUCAGCAGCGACGAUCGUAUCAAGGUUAUUGCGGCGACAAAUCGUGCUGAUAUACUAGAUCCCGCCCUUAUGCGUUCUGGUCGUUUGGAUCGUAAAAUUGAGUUUCCGCACCCCACUGAAGAAGCAAGAGCCAGGAUCUUACAGAUACAUUCGAGGAAAAUGAAUGUGAAUGCGGAUGUCAAUUUUGAGGAGCUUGCUCGAUCAACUGAUGAUUUCAAUGGAGCACAACUCAAAGCAGUGUGUGUUGAAGCGGGCAUGCUUGCUCUGCGCCGGGAUGCAACCGAGGUGAACCAUGAGGAUUUCAAUGAAGGAAUCAUUCAAGUACAAGCCAAGAAAAAAGCAAGCUUGAAUUACUACGCUUAA